AUGUGACUGUGGCCGAUGGAGGAGCUUUGUCUAUGGGAAGGCUGGUUCCCACGUCGUGGAAGUGAAAAGGAUACAUUUCCUUUGGCUCCGAGGCCCAUUCAUCAGGAUCCUGGUUCCCUUUCUCCCUCAAACUUAGCUGCAGCUGCAGUCCCAAUGGCAGAACUAUCGGCACAUUUUUCACAGGUCCCGCGUGGGCAACUGAAAGAGAAUGCUUCUGACAAUCAGCUGACCAAUACUAAUGUCAACAACGAAAGACGACAACAGGAGAGUGGUGACCGGAGAUCUAAUAAUCCUACUCCAGCAACUAAUGGACAGCCACAGCAAAGGCCUCGACAAGUGGUGGAGCAAGAUGAGGAGGAAGAGGAAGAGCUGACACUGAAAUAUGGGGCCAAGCAUGUGAUCAUGCUCUUUGUGCCCGUCACAUUGUGUAUGGUAGUUGUGGUUGCAACUAUCAAGUCUGUCAGUUUCUAUACACGCAAGGAUGGGCAGCUAAUCUAUACUCCAUUUACAGAAGACACAGAAACUGUUGGACAAAGAGCUCUGAAUUCUGUUCUCAAUGCUGCCAUCAUGAUUAGUGUCAUUGUUGUCAUGACUGUACUCCUGGUUGUGCUUUAUAAAUAUAGGUGCUAUAAGGUGAUCCAUGGUUGGCUCAUUGUUUCUUCCCUCUUUUUGCUUUUCUUUUUCUCAUUUAUUUACUUAGGGGAGGUUUUUAAGACCUAUAACGUUGCCAUGGAUUACAUUACUGUGGCACUCAUGAUUUGGAACUUUGGGGUGGUUGGAAUGAUCUGCGUUCACUGGAAAGGCCCGCUCCGUCUUCAACAAGCCUACCUCAUUAUGAUAAGUGCUCUAAUGGCCUUGGUGUUUAUAAAGUAUCUUCCGGAAUGGACUGCUUGGCUCAUCUUGGCAGUCAUCUCGGUAUAUGAUCUGAUUGCAGUAUUGUCUCCCAGAGGGCCUCUCCGUAUGCUAGUAGAAACAGCUCAAGAAAGAAAUGAAACUUUGUUCCCAGCACUCAUUUACUCAUCAACAAUGAUAUGGCUAGUAAAUAUGGCUGAACAAGAUCCCGAAGUCCAGAAGGGAGCUUCUAAAAAUGCCACUUGCAAUCAGCAAGUUACAGUGAAUCAAAACCAGAAUGCAGGUCCUGAGGCAGAUGAUGGAGGUUUCAACCCAGAAUGGGAGCAGCAACGAGACCGCAGGAUUGGGCCAAUUCAGUCAACCCAUGAAACACGAGCAGCAGUUCAGGCUCUUCCCACUAAUUCCCUAGCAAGCGAGGAUCCAGAAGAGAGAGGAGUUAAGCUUGGCUUAGGAGAUUUCAUAUUCUACAGUGUUCUAGUUGGCAAAGCUUCAGCAACAGCCAGUGGAGACUGGAACACAACUUUAGCCUGUUUUGUAGCCAUUUUAAUUGGCCUGUGCCUUACCCUCUUGCUGCUUGCCAUUUUUAAGAAGGCCUUACCAGCUCUUCCAAUUUCUAUCACAUUUGGGCUAGUUUUCUAUUUUGCCACAGAUAACUUGGUGCAGCCUUUUAUGGACGAAUUAGCUUCCCAUCAGUUUUAUAUCUAGCACCUUUUCAGCUGACCCACCUGCAGACAUUUUAUUGAAUUUAGCAAAUACAGGCGGGAGAAACUACCUUCCCCUCAUUUCCUAAAGCAGCUGCUAUGCUGGGCAUUAGUGGAUUCUUCUUUGUAAAAAUGGCCUCUUCACCGGCGGGUUUUCUGCCAUUCGACGGCAGUCAGUUGCAUCUUUUUUCAAAGAACAGUCUGUAGAAAAGAUGCCGUUGCUCUCAUCAGCAGCCCAGAUUGCUCAGCCUGGGGUUCCACCUUGCACCAACCAAGAACAUUGAGGAUUCAUCCACUGUUAAGCGGUAUGAUGAUUUAUCAAGCUGAACUGUCUGAUAAGUGAGGGUGACUCCAUAACAGAAAACUAUCAGCGCUUGUUAGCCUGAGGCCACUCAGAGAAGAGCAACUGGGAGGGAAGAAUGUUAUCUUGUUUAAAGGGAAAAAAAUAUCAAGCAAAUAAUAGUCUUUCACUUUUGUGUUAGGUUUUUUCUUUCUUUCUUUCCAAUUCUAAUUGUCAUACUUGCAGAACAGCCUAUAUCGAUCCUCCUUGCCAGAUCAGCACAGAACACACAUAUAGAUUCUUCUGCCAAUAUUUUUUUUUGGGGGGGGGGGAAUGUGGGGUACAGUAGGCAUAUCCUGGGAUCCUUUGUGUAAAAACAAAAUAUCCUUUCUUAUUAAGCUAUGUAAUCUAUUUCCUAGUAUUUCACCUUCCUUAAAGUAUGCUGAAUAUCCUUUCGGCUUUUAAGUGAGUUUUAUAAUUUAUUCCAUUGAAGAGGUGAGAAACUAAAAACCAUCAAAUAGCAACAGAACAUUGCAAUGAAAUCUUGUUGUUUUUUUUAAAAAAAAACAACAACAAACAAACCCCAACUUCAUCUUUUGUUCUGAAACUUUUUUUUAUUAAUCCUUGGGACCAUUUUAUUUUUAAAAAAAUGUGUAUAUGCAUGCACGUUGCAAUAUAAAAUUAAAAAGAUACAUACUAUUAACUGUCUCCCUCCCAGACUGCAAGGGAGCCAUCUUGUGGGAAUGAAAAAACACAUCUCCAAUGAAUAUACAUAGGGAAUUGUCAAAUAGGUUCUAUAAUUAUUAGAAGGUAGCUUAGCCUUGCUCAUAAAAUCAUUCAGAAAAAAUUGUGGGGUCGGGGAGGUGGCAUGGGAGGAGUAACUUAAUUUUACUGUGCAAUACAUGUAUUCUCUGUUCAAAAUAUUCCAUUCUGUUGAUUUUCCCCCUUCACUCAGACACCCCAAAACAACCCAUCAGCAAUCGGGUGCUUCCCUUAAACCCCAUUGCCUUUCUUUACUCAAUACAUGUUGAAAAUGUCAUGUUUUAGGCUUCAGAGGAAAUUGGAGCAUUUCUAUGUAUCUGCCUAGCUUGUCCUAAAUCACUGAAUUGCAUCCAGCUACCUAUUACAUUCAGUCAGUAAAAUGAAAUUUACACACACACACACACACACAUACACACAGAGUUACUAUUUUGUUUGUACUGAUACUUACUUGAGCAUCUUUCUUUGGUUUGUGAAACUGGGAUUGUAAAUAUAAGACUACCAAAGAAGACUGUCAAAGUCUGGUACGACUGCUAAGCUCAUCUAAGCACCGUUCUUGGCAUCACAAGUCUGCAGUGCAACUGCUGAUACUUUUAUCGCAGAGAUCAUUUGAGUCCUGAUCACCCUACAGGUUGCUCGUUGUCCACCCAUCAUCUAACACCUCAGUCAGCCAUUUUAGAAGUCCAUAUAAGCUCUCCGUGAACUUCAAAGAGCUUUUGAAAACAUAUUUAUAAUUAACAUCGGAGUCUCCGCUGACUUAUUGAGCCAUUUUUAGGUCCUAAUUCUGAAGGUGU